CUGAAAAUAGGGGAGAAGCAAAGACAGAGAUCAUGGAGAAUUCAAAAGGGGCAAGAGCAAGAGCAAGUCCAGAUCAAAAUACAAGAAUGUUGAGUGCCAUUAUUGUCAUAAAAAGGGGCAUUUGAUGAAAAAUUGCUUCAAGUUGAAGAACAAAGACAAGAACAAGCCAGAAGGGAAAGAUGGUGAAAAUGAUCGCCAUGUUGCAACCACGACGUCAGGUGAUCUGAUAGUUGUUUCUGAUAACGACUUGAUUAGUGUUGCCUAUGAUGAAUCAAGUUGGGUUAUCGAUAGUGGUGCCGCUUUCCAUGUGACGUCAAGGAAAGAUUUCUUCACAUCUUAUACUGUAGGUGAAUAUGGGGUAUUGAAGAUGGGUAAUGAUGGUCGUUCACAGGUUGUUGGCAUUGGAGUUGUGGUCCUAGAAACCAAAACUGGGAUGAAGUUAGUGUUGAAGAAUGUCAGACAUGCACCAGAUAUUCGCUUGAAUGUGAUAUCUACUAGUGUCUUGGAUGAUAAAGGUUAUGUGAGUACCUUUGGUGAUGGGCAAUGCAAACUCACUAAGGGUUCUCUUAUUGUGACUCGUGGGAAGAAGUGUUCAGAUCGAGUAUGGUCCGGGAAAGAGGUUUCUUAUGACCAUUUGCGUGUUUUUGGGUGUAAAGAUUUUGUACAUGUGCCAAAGGACGAGAGAUCCAAAUUAGAUGUCAAGACGAGACAGUGCAUCUUUGUUGGCUAUGGUCAUGAUGAAUUUGGCUAUAGACUUUAUGAUCCUGUUGAGAAGAAGCUUGUCAGAAGCCGUGAUGUUAUCUUUAUGGAGGAUCAAAAUAUUGAAGAUAUUCAGAAGAUGGAGAAGUCAGAGUCUCAAAGUUAUGAUGAUCUUGUUGAUUUGAAUCCAACUCCCGUGGCUCAUACGCCUAAUGCUACCAAUGAAGAUCAAAAUGAUGAUAGCAAUCAUGUUCCACAUGAUUUUGCCGAUGGUAAUGUUAAAGAAGAAUCAAAUGAGGUACAUAAUCAACCUCAUGUUGAUAACAAUGCACCUACAGUUGCUCUCAGGAGCUCCGUCCUGGCUCAUGAAAAGAAGCUGAUCUCACAGGACAAUGAAAGUGAGCAGGCUUUGAAGGCCUCUGUAAAUCACAAUUCCUCAUCAGGAAACAGAGGUGGUCGGGGCAGAGGUCGUGGGAGAGGAAGAGGAAGCAACUACCAAAGCCAAAAUCAGCCAAAUCAGUUCCAAGGAAGAGGAGGAGAACGUGGAGGUCAUCACUCAACAAACCAUAAAUCAAGGUUAGUAGACAAAUCAAAAGUUGAGUGUUUUCGUUGCCACAAGUAUGGUCACUACCAAAAUGAGUGCUACACCAAUUUGAAGGGGCAAAAUGGAGAAAAAAGCAAUUUUGCUGGAAAGGAAGAAGAGGUGGCUGAAGAAGUGUCACUCUUAAUGGCUUGUCAUGUGAAAGAAAAUUCUCAUCAAAAUAUGUGGUACUUGGACUUGGGCUGCAGCAACCAUAUAUUUGAAGACAAACUUGCUAAGUAUGGGUCAGUUGCAAGAAAAGGGAUACGAGAUUUCAAUAAAAAAUGGAGAAUGCCUAAUCCAAGAUGCAAAUCUUGGGUUAAUUGCUCGUGUCAAAAUGACUGGAAACCGUAUGUUUCCGCUUUAUCUUCGCAAAGCUGCUCACGCCUGCUUCUCAACAAAGAUCAAAGACACCGCAUGGCUGUGGCAUUUUCGUUAUGGCCACUUGAGUUUCAGUGGAUUGAAGACAUUGUUGGAGAAAAAUAUGUUUCUGUCAACAUCGAUGAAAAUGAUGAAGGUGCACAGGAGUACCAAUCUGCAGAGAAUGACCAGCAAAUUCCAGUUAGCUCAAAUAUUAUUCCUGAUUCAUCCACAACAACUGGAACAGAGCAUCCUCAGCGAACUAGAAGAAGACCAGCAUGGAUGGCUGAUUAUGAGGUAACUGGGGAUGACCAAGGAGAGGAUCCACUUACUCAUUUUGUAUUAAGUGAAGAUCAGGUUGCGAACAUAAUGACAAAACCUUUGAAGAUUUCAGCUUUUCAAAGGUUAAGGAAGCUGUUGGGUGUUUGUGAGUCUGCUUAAACUGAGAACAUGCUCAACGUUUCAGUUUAAGGGAGGGAAUGUUGAAGAAUAAGAAGUAGCUGUACACUUCUAUGGCUUUCCUUCUUUUUAGCAGAUAUAGUUUCUUUCAUGUAUGGCCUAUAAAUUGGCUUUCCUAUG